AUGUCAGAAACAGAUACAUUAGCGCCACCAGGUGCACAUCAAGGACUAUCUAUACCCAAUUUAUCAUACGUAACAUUUGAAAGUGUUGUAGAAGUAGUGUUAGUCAGUUUUGCUGGGUUUAUAUGUGCAUAUACCGGAUUAUUACCGAAAUCAGGUCAGAAAAAUAUAUCUUUGCUUAAUGUGGAUUUAUUCACCCCGUGUUUGAUUUUCAGCAAGUUGGCCAAGAGUUUAAGUGUUGCUAAAAUAUUAGAAAUUUCCAUCAUUCCACUUUUUUAUGCCUUGACCACUAGUAUUUCAUAUUUUUCGGGCUUCUUCAUUUCCAAGUUUUUCCAUUUUGAUGUAGAUGAAACCAACUUUGUUAUUGCAAACUCUAUUUUUGGUAAUAGCAACUCUUUACCCGUCUCUUUAACUUUAUCAUUGGCUUACACCUUGCCUGGCUUGACCUGGGAUGAAAUUCCAGAUGAUAAUAGAGAUAAUGUGGCCAGUAGGGGUAUCUUGUAUCUAUUGAUUUUCCAACAGAUUGGACAAGUGCUAAGAUGGUCCUGGGGGUAUAAUAAAUUAAUGAGAUGGUCUGAUCAGCGAACUGCAUCCUUGUUGGAAUCAUCUCAAAAUCUUAUCUCCGAAGAGGAUAGCCAUGCUGGCGUUUCUAGUACCAAUGACUUUGAUAAUCAAGGAGAUUACUACAAUCAGGGCCUGGAUAAUGUUUGUUCUCCUAAAAACGAUGACAUUUAUAUUGAACAUAGUACAAGCAGUUCUGUAUUUAGCAAAUUUAAAUCCAAAAUUGUAGGUGCAAUUAACAAAGUUAGGUCCUUUAUGAAUCCACCAUUGUAUGCCAUGCUUUUUAGUGUUAUUGUGGCUUCUGUACAUCCUGUACAACAUGAGUUUUUCCACGCCAAUGGUUUUAUUAACAAUACCUUGUCUUCAGCCAUUACCGAAUUGGGAUCUGUUUCCAUUCCGUUAAUUUUGAUCGUUUUGGGUUCCAAUUUAUACCCGGCUGAUGAUGAGUCUGCCAAGAGGUCCCCUAAUUAUAAGAAAUUGGUUUUUGCUUCUAUAAUUGGGCGUAUGAUUUUGCCUUCUUUGGUUUUAUUACCUAUUAUUGCGUGCUGUGUUAAAUUUAUUGGUAUUUCUAUUUUGGAUGACCCAAUUUUCCUAGUUGUCGGUUUUAUUUUAACUGUUUCUCCACCUGCCAUCCAACUAACACAAAUUACUCAAUUAAAUGAAUUUUUUGAAGCAGAAAUGGCGGGUAUUUUGUUUUGGGGCUAUGUUGUUUUAGUUUUACCGGUCAGCAUUUUUGUUGUUAUAUUUGCUAUGUCCGUUUUAAAAUGGGCCGGUGUGUAA